AUGAAUCCUUAUGAGGACAAGAUUUUCUGCAGCUACUGCUAUGAGUUCUCCGGUAAUGAUCCUCAAGCACUACUAAAGCACAUGAUUGAAAAUCACAAGUACGCACCUGAGGUGCAGGGGCAAAAGGCAGCAGACAAUACCAAGAGAUGCACCCUCUUUGUCCAACAAUGGUUACCAGCAUUCCAAGAUCUUCACUAG